AUGAGUACUCUAUCUUCUGAUUCAAGUGUCUACACCGAACUCCUUUUACAGACCGAACGCCAUAUUCGUCUAAUUCGGUUGCUUCCUGGUAUUGAAGAUGACGACAUUCAUCUAGAGCUAUCUACCAGUGAUCUCGACUCAAAACCGACAUAUGAAACACUUUCAUACACAUGGGGCGAUGUAUCAGAUCCAAAAUCCGUUCACAUAAGAGGUCUUGCUUCUGAUGCUCCCGUGAGCUUCGCCGUUACUUCGAACUGCUACCGUGCAUUAGCCCGUCUGCGUUUAAAACAACAGGCGCGUACUAUCUGGGUCGACGCUAUCUCCAUCAAUCAGAAUGAUGUAGAAGAAAGAAAUUCCCAGGUCGCUCUCAUGUCUCGGAUAUACUCCGAGGCAGCGAAUGUAGUUGUCUAUCUGGGCGAACGUACAAGUAACAGCGACUUAGCACUCGACUUCAUCACUGAAUGCGACAAUCCAUCACCAGAUGCAUCAUCGCUUAGUUACCCGAAGGAAGAUGAGUUGGUGAAGUCACUUGUCGACUUCUUCCAUCGUCCUUGGUUUUCCAGAGUAUGGGUUAUCCAGGAGAUUGCAUUGCCGAAUUCUGCAAUCGUUCACUGUGGGAAACGUACCAUUGACUGGGCCGCGAUACAAAACUUCCAAAGAUGGAACGUGAACGCAAAAUGGCUAGCGGAACUUCCAUUCGUACUCUCCAUGCCAAAGAGAUCGCUCGAGCUGGAUGAACCAGAGCAUGCGAUGCUCAAUGCUCUUCUCAAAUCCAGGCACUGCGCAGCCACAGAUCCACGGGACAAAGUGUACGCCUUAUUACCGCUUCUCCGCAAGUUUAAUAAGCGAAUCGAGUUACAGCCAAGGUAUCAAGACACCGCAACAGAGGUUUUCACAGACUGUGCGAAGACACUGAUAGCCACCUGCGGAUGGGACAUUCUUCACGCAGUCCAAGGUGGUUCAAAAUUGCCCGACCUACCAUCGUGGGUGCCCGACUGGAGUGUUCCCCCUAGGAGAGAGUUUAUUGGUAAUUGCGGAAAAGAAGGGAUGGAACGGGGCUAUUACACUCAUUUUUGGGAUCGUAAAAGAGACUUCAAUGUCCCAUACAUGCCCGAGCUGGUCAGCAAGACUUUGCAAUCUAAACCAGAGAAAACGUCGCAGAUGCUACGCGUACACGGAUUUUCUUGUGGCAAGAUAGCAAAGAUUGGUUCGACAUAUAUCGCAUCGAAAACGCCUUUUCCCUACCACGAAUGGAGGAACAUGUUGGACGACGAGACAGUCAAAGCCAUUGAUCGAGCAGAGCCCGCCCCAGCCUAUCGAGGUGAUCAGGACCAUUUAGACUACACAUUCCAUUGGGUCUUAGGAGCCAUUGAAAGAGGGGUAUACCCAAAUGCACUACGGAUGUUCCUGUUCCCCCGAAAGCCCGGCAAGUCGACAAGGUUUGAAGACAUAUCCAGAUGGGAAGAAGAGUUACGGGAGUUGGCUUCGAACAAAGGGGUGAAAGACGACGACGGAGUUCCGGAACUGCCUUUUCACGAAAUUCCAUUCCAUCUGGCCGCGGAUGAUUUCCCUCCCAGCUAUUUUCGGUACAUACAGGCAGUCUUGCGUCACUGUCACUCCCGCCGUUUCUUCAUCACGGAGAAAGGAUAUAUUGGGAUUGCUCCCCAGGAAGCGGAAAUCGGGGAUGAUGUUUACAUAUGCGCUGGGGCCGUAACUCCAUUUGUACUGCGCGAUCAUGGAACAGUGGCCGAUGAUCAUGGUGGAAACUGGUGCUUCAAUCUGGUUGGGGAAUGCUACAAGGAGAGAAGUCCGUGGGAAAGUAUCCGAUACGGUUUAGGUGAUCCCGAGGCUAUUUACAUUGCAUGA